GGCAAGGGCAAGGGCAAAGGCAAAAGCAAAAGCAAAAGCCUCGACCUUUAUAAUUCGUUAUAUGCAAAUAAUUUGAAUUUUUGGGAGCUUUUGAAAAAGGCAAUGGCUUCUCUGUUCAAGGACCCAACUAAGAUUUCAGCGUACCGAGACAGGAGAUUUAAUGGCACUCAAGAGGAAUUCGAGCAAGCCCUCCUCAAUUCGACAACCGUCUAUAUCGGAAACAUGUCUUUUUACACUACUGAAGAACAAGUUUAUGAGCUUUUCUCUAGAGCCGGUGAAAUUAAGAAAAUAAUCAUGGGGCUUGACAAGAACUCUAAGACACCUUGCGGCUUUUGCUUUGUCUUGUAUUAUUCUAGGGAAGAUACCGAGGAUGCUGUUAAAUACAUCAGCGGGACCAUUCUUGACGACCGUCCGAUUCGUGUAGAUUUCGAUUGGGGAUUUGUUGAAGGAAGGCAAUGGGGCCGUGGCCGAAGUGGUGGUCAAGUGCGAGAUGAAUAUCGAACUGAUUAUGAUCCUGGCAGAGGUGGCUACGGAAAAUUAGUUCAAAGAGAAUUGGAAGCACAAAGGCAGCUUGUAGAUUAUGGUGCUGGGUCCUUGGGCACAUUCCCGCCGGUUAUGCCUCCUCAUUAUGGUAAGCAUGGAGGGGGCCAUGGACAUGGUGGUUCUUAUCGUCAUGGGAGAGAUUACCAUCGGAAGCGGCACCGAGAUGAUGACCGACAUGGACGCGAGGCCCCAAAGAGGAACUCGGAUCAUGAAUCCAGGAGAGCCUCUGACCAUGACUCAGACUCUAGACCGGAGAAGAAUCCACGUUUCCGGGAGAGUGGUGAUUCUGAUGAUGAAGAAGACAAUGACAAUAAACGAAGGCCUUAAUGGAUACUGUUAUGUUUUCACUAAGAGGAAGGUAUUGGUAUUUUCGUGCAUUUGUUAGAGGUGGUGCUCCAGAGGUAGAACACUAUGAAGUUCUCAUGCUACAAUAGGGCACACCAAAUGCCCUGCUUUGCGCUUGCCUUGUGAUUUAGGGAAAGUAUGCUGCAACCGUUUUAGGUUUUUGUUUUAGGCAUUAGUUGUAUUUUUAAGGGAACUAAUUAUUUUAUUUUUCUUUUUUCCGCAACAAAUGUGAUUUAUAUUUGGUAUUCCGGCCUUGAUUCUCCGUUUCCGACAUUUAACAAUGCAAGUCUCAGCAUCUGGCAGAUCAUUCUUAUUCAUUUGACAGAAGCAGGGCAGGUUGCAUGGCAUAGGUGUUUGUAGUUUAUGCAAUAGCCUGAUUGUUACCAGAACAUAUUAUAUGGAUAGUUGAUAAGACAUGAUUUCCUCCUUGGUCAA